CAGAGUAAUGUCUGUCCUGAACGCUGUCCUGACGGGUACAGUAGCCAUCGUUGCUCUCAUUUGGGAAGAACUCCCUAAACUGUACAACGGCACACUUUGGGUUGACUCUAGUGUCAUUCACUACACCGCCUCAACUAACGUGGGCUACCUCCUUGUCGACACGGCACUGCUGCUGAGGAACUAGGAAUGACCGAUCCCGGCAUCCUCCUGCACCACCUCAUCAUCGUCGUCUGCAUCCUGGCAAAAAUCCUGCUGGAUUUCGGACCUCCGACAUUCUUCAACGCGAUGCGCAUGGUUCAAGAGGCGUCAAACCCAUUUCUGCACCUCAGGUGGCUCCUUGCAGCGGCGGGGGUGUCUCGAAACUCUCGACUUUACGUCACCAACGGUCUGGUAUUUGCAGCCUCCUUCCUGUUGUCCCGUAUUCUGCCCAUCCCCUACUACUGGACACAGUCUCUUCAACUCAUUACGUCACCGCAGACAUACGUGCGGUUCGGGGCAGUUGGGCUGGGCUUCUGGUUCAUUGCAGACCUUCUGUUCGACGGGAUAAACUGCUUUUGGGCGGUGAAGAUCUGUAGAGGGACGUACAAGUUCAUGAAGACGAGAAAGUUGGAGUAGCUGUUUCAGACAAUCCUGACUUUGCCAGCCCGAACUCUCAGGAAUGACAACAUUGAAUUGCCUUUUAGUAGACAUCCAUGUUCGCAUCACUUUCAUCCGUUUCCGAGAAACAGACGAGGAAGUUGGAGUAGCUGCUGCAGAUUUGUAUACUGUAAAUGCAGAAACUUUCGCGGUGGUUUAAUGUUCGCGGUUUUCGCGGUGGCUGCUUCACCAUUAACGUUAAAACCACCGCCAACAUUUUUCCAUGGUAGUAAGAGAGUACAGUACAUGGUGCUACGUAUACCGCGAACGUAAAACCACCGUGAAAAGUCCUUUUAUCCGGAACCGCGAAAUUAAAUUCCCGCGACCUUAAAUUCAUUCACAGUAUGUCCUAACUUUGGCAGCCCGAACACUCAGGAACGGACAAUGAAUUGCCUUUUAUGAAUGACACCAAAGUGCACAUCAAACGAGUACUAAAGAUUUGGUACUAAAUAGAGAUUGACUAGCCUCUAACAGGCUCCGCGGAUCGCUGGUCAAACAGUGGCCAUCGGACAAAUAGAGGGAAUAGUGUGUUGCGGUCCGUGGGUUGCGUACUGGCACACUAUUCCCUCUAUAUGCUCAAUUUCUACUGUUUGACCAGCGAUCCGCGGAGCCUGUUAGAGGCUAGGGAUAGAUCUCAUCUCGCCAUGGCCAUAAUCACAGUUCAUAACAAAUUAACACACUACCCCUACGGCCUGAAAAAGACUACGGUACUAUAUUUAUCAUAAUCUUUCAUCUCACAAUAUCAUCAUGUAAUGAUCUCCUACAUUCAACCACGACUACGUGAGAGCCAAUUUUGUCUCUCUCACGUGCGUCAGAUACACGUCAUGCAACUUAACUCUAGAUACCCGAAAAAUGCAAGAGGACUCAGAGCCCUGGUGUUGUGUUUGCUACGUAUACACCGGGUAUCAUCCGCGAAAUCCUAACAACAAAGGACAGUUACGUACACCUUCUAAAUGGUGGGUUAUCCUGUGACUAACACCGCGAGAGUUAUCCUGUAGAACGUUCCAUGUCAAAAUAUCACGAAAUAAUACAGUUUUCAGGGGUAUUUAGUUGAAAUAAUGACAGGCACAAGUUGCAGCGAUGAUACAGACUGUAAUUUAAUAGCGUGAUUUGUUCUUAUUCCCUGCAAACAUACUUGGACGAAAAAUAAUUUUCAGAAGAUAUCUGGAUACUAGUAAACGACGGUUUUUAAUUUACCAAUGAAAGAAAUAUAAAGUUUGCAGUUUGCAAUUCUA